CGAGUUAUAUGUUACGUUAGAAAGUGUUAAUUUAUUUAACCCACAAUUUACCUCACCGCAUAGUCAACCAAUGGUGCCAUACAAUCAAUCUCAACAAUGGUCGUCCGGAAACACAUCAUUACGAUGGCCUCAAUGCGACCAACAACAAUCUCAACAAUGGCCGAUUGAUUUAAAUGCAACAAAUCCGGAUGAACCUUUCCUUGAGUCACAACAACAACAAUGGCAACCAUGGGCCUCCUCAAAUGAACCACUCGCUGAGUCACAACCGCAACAAUGGCAACCAUGGGCCUCCUUGAAUGAACCACUCGCUGAGUCAUCACAACCGCAACAAUGGCAACCAUGGGCCUCCUUGAAUGAACCACUCGCUGAGUCAUCACAACCACAACAAUGGCAACCAUGGCCCUCCUCAAAUGAACCACCCGCUGAGUCACAACCGCAACAAAUCCCUCAUCGACGUCCCGACGAAGUACCAAACUUUCCAGAGCACUUUCAUGAAGACACUGAGGAUGAAGAAGAUUAUGUGGCACCAACGUCUGAUAACGACGACGACGAUGAUGAUGACAACAACGUUGGCAGAGAACCAUACAAUCCACCGAGCCAAAUGCGAGACGUGGACAACGUUCUUAUUCGCCAACCCACUGCCGUUUUACUCCUUGAAGAUCAACACCUUCCCGUCAAUGCAGAGUUAACACAAGGAAUGGUAUUUCACAAUAAAAAAGAUUGUGUGCAAGCAAUCAAAACGUACCACAUCAAACGAUCAAUAGAUUUUACACCAAAACAAUCUGAUCAAGAGAGGUACGUAAUUAUUUGCAAACAAGCUCCACAAUGUCAAUUUUCCUUGAGAGCGUCGCAUAGUAAGGCAACAGACCGUUGGAAAAUUGUUCGCAUCAGUAAUACCCACACUUGCGUAUCUUCUGCAUUGACGCAAGAUCACCAAAAACUUGACUCUAAAAUGAUAUGUGAAAACAUUCUCUCACUUGUGGAAGGUAACGUUACAAUAGAGGUGAAAACUCUUGUUGCUCACAUUAGAGAUAUGUUCAAUUAUACAAUCUCGUAUAAAAAGGCUUGGAUUGCAAAAAACAAGGCAAUCGUAAGAAUUUAUGGAGAUUGGGAGGAGUCAUAUCAGCAGCUUCCACAAUGGUUGAUGGUGAUGAAGAGGUGGCUUCCAGGUACAGUUGUCAAAAUGGAGACAAGUCCAACAGCGUUAGAUGGUCAAGUUUUCUUUGAACGUCUAUUUUGGACUUUCAAACAAUGCAUUCAAGGAUUUGCGUUUUGCAAGCCAAUUGUGCAGGUCGAUGGAACGUGGUUGUACGGAAAGUAUAAGGGGACGUUGUUGAUGGCCGUCGCCCAAGAUGGAAACAACCAUAUUCUUCCGGUCGCUUUCGCAAUUGUCGAAGGGGAAACCAAGGAAGCGUGGAACUUUUUCCUAAAAAAUUUGAGGAAGUACGUCACUCCACAAGAAGGCAUAUGCGUCAUCUCAGAUAGGCAUGCAUCCAUUAAAAGUGCUUAUGAAAAUCCUUUGAAUGGUUGGAAUAAUCCUCCAACGACGCAUGUCUACUGCAUCCGACACAUCGGCCAGAAUUUUGUGAGAGAAACCAAACAGAAAAAACUUCGGCCGUUAGUUACAAAUAUGGGAUAUGCACCCAGCGAACCCUCAUUCAAAUACUGGCGGAACGAACUUAGGAAGGAAAGUGUGGAGGCUUUAAAUUGGGUUGAUAAAAUCCCGAAAGAAAAAUGGACGCAGGCGUACGAUGGAGGUCGUCGGUGGGGUCACAUGACGAGCAAUCUUGUCGAGGCGAUGAACGCAGUCUACAAGGAAAUUCGCAGCCUACCAAUCACAGCAUUGGUCAAGGCAACAUACUCUAAGACUGCGGCACUUUUUGGAACACGCGGAAUGGAUGCAAUGGCUGUGUUAGCUUCUGGUCAGGUGUAUUCUGUGCCAUGUCAAAAAAGGAUUACAGAUGCAAUGACUAAGGCUCAAUCACAUGUAGUCACUCGUCAUGAUAGGCAACGUUUCGCAGUGGAGGAAACUGAGGAUCCCCACGAAGGCCGACCAAAGGAUACAUUUAAAGUACACUUGGAAGAAAAAUGGUGUGACUGUGGAAAAUUUCAAGCAUUACAUUUACCUUGUUCACAUGUUAUUGCUGCUUGUUUUCACGCUCAUUUGGACUAUCAAGUGUACAUUGAUGAUGUGUUCAAAGUUGCCAAUGUAUGCCGCGUUUAUGAGCAUACAUUCGAAGUGGUUCAAGGACAAAUGUAUUGGCCGACAUACCAAGGCCCGAAACUUUUUCCCCGUCCCGACAUGAAAAGGGUCAAGAAAGGUCGUCCAAAAAAGUCCCGCAUUAGAACCGAAAUGGACGAAUUCGGCAAAAAAGAGCGCCUAUGUGGUUUAUGUAGAAUGCCGGAUCAUAACAGAAAUAAUUGUCCUUAUGUUGCGGGACCCUCGUCGUAACUUUUCCUUUUAAUUUUAUGUAAUUUUUUUCCAUGUUUGUUUAUAUAAUGAAUGAAUGAAUCCAUGUUAAGUAAUUUCUAAUUUUUUUCUAUGUUUAUAAUUGUCCACAUUCAUACAAAAUAAUUAAAAUCACAUUCAUACGAAAUAAUUAGAAUAAAAUAAAGACUUACAUCAUUUUUAAGAAACUAAAAUUCACGUACAUAAACCAUAAAAUGAAGACUUGCGUCAUUCUUAAUUAACCAUAGUACAUAAACCAUAAAAUUAAAAAAUAAACCACGUACAAUAACAACUUAACCACUUUUCUUUAAGGUCGCGUACAAACGAUGUGGUUCAUUUUCGUUUUCAACAAAGGAAAACAUCAAUUGCACUUCCAAAUCACCUUUUAAUUUGUACCAAUAUUUUGUUGUUGUAGCUUCGAUGGAGUCACUUGUGAUGUCCGUGCAUGAAUUUAAAUAAGCCAUAUGCUGGAUUUGUAUAUGUUCAUUGUUUUUUAACAAGAACAUUUCUUCAAUCUUAUUCUUUAAAGCUGCAA